AUGGACUGGAGACUGACAGGCAAGAUUCUAUUCGCUUAUAUUUUCAUCUAUCUAGUUCUACUUCCCUCUAUUAAAGUCUCGAUCAUCCUCCUCUAUCGCCGGAUAUUUGGAAUGAACUGGAUGAUGUGGCUCUGUUUGGCCCUCAGUAUCGGCCAUGGCGCUUGCUGCAUGGUUGCCUUCUUAUGCUCCUGUCGGCCACUGUCAUACUUCUAUACGCAGUUUGCUGAUCCGUCGGGAGGAAAGUGCAUCAUCAACCUGUAUGCAUUCUACCUUGGCAACGCGGCAACAAAUGUCUUCACCGAUGUUAUCACGCUACUUGUUCCGAUCCCGAUCAUCUCCAGACUCCAAAUACGCCCGAUGCAGAAGGUACUGAUAUCCGGUAUCUUCCUCUUAGGUGGGUUGUAA